AUGUUACCAGAGAAGAAGAAGAAGUCGAAUGGGCAUGAGGGAAAAUUAGCAAAUAGAGAAGCUAAACCUCAACAGAAGAAGAAGAGUAAAUCGACUUCAAAUAUUGAAAAGGGUAAUCUUUUCAAUCAAAUUACAAUUAGCAAUGGAGAAGAAGCAAGUCAAGAGGUUAAUCAGAAGAAGAAGAAAUCAGAUCAAAUUUGUAAAGGGAAGAAUAGUACAGAGCAGAUGGAUGUUGAUAAGCGAACUCACUUCCAAGAGGAAAUUCUUACGGACAUCCUCAACAGGUUACCUGUGCAGUCUCUUCUCCGAUUCAAAUGUGUUUCAAAAUUCUGGGAAACAUUGAUCUCCGAGCCAUACUUUAAGAUGACGCAUCUCAAUCAUGCCAAGAAUGACCAGAAUUCCCAAAAACUUCUUAUACGUUGCCUUGAAAAUGAUUUAUAUUCCAUGUAUUGUGUUCCUUUAUCAUCGUCGGUUCAACCAGUUGAGAAUGUACGAAAACUUGAUUUCUCUGUAAUCUCUAGACCAUAUAAUUGUGCAAUCCGUGGUUGUUGUGAUGGCUUGGUUGUUAUCCAAGUUAAUGAUAAUAUUGAUGGUCGACGCACUAUAUAUUUGCUAUGGAACCCCUCCACAGGAGAAUCAAUAGUACUUCCCGAUCCAGAGCUUCCACAGCAGGAAGAAUCUCGUUUGGGAUUGGGUUAUGACUCAACUUCUGGUGGCUAUAAGAUCCUUAAAAUUCACACUAACAUAGAUCGUCCUGGUGAAAUUCUUGUGUUGAAAAGUUGUUCCUGGAGAAAUAUUGAUAAACAUCCUCGUGGCAUUUGCAAUGAGAUCGAAGGUAUGCAGUCUUUGCCAAUUGUAAACGAGGCAUUUCAUUGGAUCGGUAUUUUUGGAAGUCAUUCUGUGGUUUCAAGAAAUUAUUUGGUGGUUUCAUUUAGUAUUUCAAGUGGAGUGUACGGAGAGAUACCUUUGCCAGAGCAAAUUUUAUGCUUGAAGGCCAAAAUCAUUAUUGGCGUUUCAGUAUUGGAAGGUAUGCUUUGUAUUUAUUCUAAUUCUUAUCUUCAGAUUCAGAGGAAGGGAGCUUUAAAGUUAUGGGUAUUGAAAGACUAUGAUGUCAAGGAAUCUUGGACUGCAUUGUUAACUAUCGAAGAUCCUUGGAUUGAUAUAAAGGCCAUGCCGAAAUAUAGGUUUGCGGAUGGUGAACUACUAUUUUGGUGCCUAAGUCGUAAAUGUACAGGGCAUGCUUUUAGGACAUCUAGAGGACCAUUUAGAUUAUGGCCUCGAUGUGAUAUCCUUCAGACUGGAAUCGCUUUUACAGAAAGCUUGAUCUCUCCAAAAUCACUUAUUUAGUGUUGGCUUAUGUAUGAUCGGUCUGCUUUACUUGAGCCGAGGGUCUAUCGGAAACAGCCUCUCUACCUAUAAAGAUAGGGUAAAGUCUGCGUACACACUACCCUCCUCAGACCCUACUUGUGGGAUUACAUUGGGUAUGUCGUUGCUUAUGUAUGAUCCAGGCACUUUUAAUCUUUUUUCGGUUACCAUGUUACAACCUCUAAUUAAUUUUUCUAUUGCUCGCUAGUUUUUAAGUCUCAAAAUGUAUUUACCAAAGAUGUCAGCUUGCUUAUUUCUCGUUCUCAGAGAAACAACAGGAGUGAUUUCUUUGCUAAGAAAGACAUGGUUAACCCCUCGUCUCUUGUACCUAUUAUUGUUUGUCUAGUCUUAUAUAAUAGUGUAAUUGUUUUGAAUAAA